AUGGCCGAUAUGACCUCGUCUGCUCAUCAUGUCCCUAGCCGAGAUAAUAGCAGGAGGUCGGUUGGAUCGGCUACUUCAGGGGGGUCAGUGAAGAGGAGCUGGAGUUUCUCCCGGCUCUUUGGAAUGCGUUUUGAUAGACAAGUGGAUCAGCCGCCGGCUCUUGUCCCAGACUACAUGGAAACAGCGGACUGCUCCCUUUACAAUACCCGGAAUCCGCAUCCGGGCCCUGAUACCAAUUUUCGGAGCACAUGGAGCAACUUCCGCUUUUUCUCCCACCAAAGAACUCCCGCUCCUCCUGAAACGGAUAGGUUUGCACAGAGCCCGCUAAGGCGAGCAAAGUCAACGCAGGGCUUUUUCACCGGCUCAUUCAAAGCAAAGUCGUUUUUCAAGCGUGCCAGCACUAUCUCGGACCAGGAUGACCGAAAUAAGUCAGAUGGUGAUGAUUUUAGCUCUGCGGACUCUGACUCCGAUGAUGAGAGCGACGCACUUUCGACGUUCGCCCCCAUACAGCCUGGAAGUUCGCCAGCGGUGCAGUCCACCAGGUCUCUUGGAGAGACUCACGGCAGCCAGGAGAUUAGCGAGAGAACUCGAAGAGCCAUCUUUGAGGAAAGCAAGGGGCUCCAUCCUCCUGGCUUAGGAUCGGCCCAACCUGUCGUUUCGGUGUCUCGGAGACUGAGAAACUACUUCCGAAAAAACAGGAAUGUUCGGUCUCCUGAGGCAUCGUCAAAUCUAGGAAAGAACUAUGCUGACCAACAACAGCCUCCGACAGAGCGCGACAUUGCUCGGCAACGCCUACUCGAGGAAUCUUUGCUCAUUUGCCCAGAGGAGUUCCCCGUUGCUGCGCAGAGGCUAAUGAGUGGCGGAAUAACUGCUAACUCAUCCUACGUGGCCUCUCUAUCCGCGGUUUCUCUUCGAGGUCAUGGGUGUUCCACAAUCAGUCUUUCUUUAACCGCUUCGUCUCCUCAGCUACCGACUCAUUUGCGAUAUAUGGUGGAGGCUAUCGAUAGGCUUUCAGGCGAACAUAUCAUUGAGAGUACAACAAAUCCACCAUAA